AUGGCCUUCUGCGGGGUGCUGGGCUUCGGCAUGCUGGCCUUCUAUGCUGUGCAGCAGGGCUUGAUCCCCGAGCUGCGCACUCGCACUUGGCGACUGCUGAGUGGCACGGGAUCGCUGUUCAUCACCGUGUUGCUGUUCAUGGCCAUGAAGAAGUCCUGGAAGCUGUGCGCGGGUGCAUCAACGCAAGAGAGUAGACUCUAUGCGGAUAUCUUCAGCUGUGUGAGAUUCUUGAUCCUCCUGUUCGGUGUACCAGCGCUUCUGCGGUGGCGGGAUAAUGCUGCAUUGCGAAUUCUGGGCACUCACUUAAUAGGUUUCGCCGGUGCGGACGCCUUUGCAGAUGUCCUGCGAAGAGAUCCCUUCGCGCUCCAUGCAGGGUACUACUUGCUGGGUGUCAUCUCCAUGGUUCUACUGCUUCUGUGUUUGCUGUUUACCUGCAAGAAAUUGAGGGGCGCAUGGCAAGAGUAUGAUGAGAGCAAGGAGCGGCAGGAACACGAGGCCACUGGUUUCAUCAUUGGCUUCCUCAUCUCCAUGUUUGUGCGUUUCGCCAUCACCGGGUCUUUGCCUGGCAGUCAAUGUCCCCAGGGGAUGCGGGGUCAGGUGGCUAAUGUACAAAUGUCUCAACAAAAACCGGGGAAAACACCAAAACUUCAUGGUUUGUGUCAUAUAAUCAUCAUACUGUAA